UCUGUGAGUUCUCUUCUGCCUUCUGUUUCGGUUUCUUCCGUCUUCUCCGUUUUCGAGUAAUCAAAUGGCGAAGCGUUUGAUCCCUUCUCUGAACCGCGUUUUGGUGGAGAAAAUCGUCCCUCCGUCCAAGACCAAUGCCGGAAUCUUACUCCCGGAGAAGACCUCCAAGUUGAACACUGGUAAAGUUGUUUCUGUUGGUCGCGGCAUUCAUGAUAGAGAUGGAAAGCUGAUUCCUGUUAGUGUGAAGGAAGGAGAUACAGUUCUGUUACCUGAGUAUGGUGGAACUGCAGUGAAGCUUGGUGAUAAAGAGUACCAUCUCUAUCGAGACGACGACAUAUUGGGGACUCUACAUGACUGAUCAAAUUUGAAUUUGCCAUCAAAUGGAGUACUUUGUCACGUAUCUUGUCUAAGAUAUAUUAUAGUUACUCCUAGUGAUAAUUUCCCAUCCUUAGACGACUUAGAGAACCAUGCUCUGAAUUCUAUGGAAAGAUGUGGUUUUCUACUGUUGGAUAAAAAAUUCCAAGAAUUGAAGCCAAAAACUCGUUAUUUAUGCUUUAUGAGUUUUGAUUA